AUGACGACAGAUCGUAAGUGGGCGGACUUCGAGUUGGAGGAUGAUGGUGACUUGGGCGAUUUGGCGCCAACGCCAGGAGGCUUUGAAACUCGGCCAGACAGUGACGGUAUCAAAACAGUCACAAACUAUCUCCAAAAUGCAAAGGGCGAAACACUCAAGAUAGUGAAGCGUAUUAAAGUGACACGUGUGGUGCACCGCAUAAACAAGGCUGUGCAUGAGCGGAGGAAUUUGCCUCUCUUUGGAAUUGAGGCAGCAGAGGGUAGCACAGGAAAGGCGUUCACUGUCAGGUCUGUGGAGGAGAUUCCUUUGGAAAUAUCAAAGGAAACGUUGCUGAGAGCCAAAUUUAAAGAAGACGAAGAUGACGAAGAUAUUCAGUUUGCAGAUUUGAAUCCGGCCAAGACUUCCCGAGAUCUGAGACAAAAAUUCCUGUCGCUGCAAAACGACGACGAACCCGUUGAUGCUGGUGAAGGCGAUCCGUUGGGCUCACGGCUUGGAGUACCUGGGGCUAAAGGCUUGUCUCGUUUGCGUGGCGGCGGCGAUGCUUUGAAAGACUUGGAGGCGCGUCGUAGAGAAGAAGCGACGAUUAGAGUGACGAACUUAAGUGAAGACGCAAAGGAAGAAGACUUGGCCGAACUUUUCGGGAACAUCGGCAAACUUGAGAGGGUCUUUCUUGCUAAACACAAGGACAAGAAAGCUAGCAAGGGUUUCGCGUUUAUCACUUACGCCAACAGAGAACUGGCUGCCCAAGCCAUCCGCAAACUCAACAGACAUGGCUAUGACAAUCUGCUGCUCAAUGUGGAAUGGGCUCGCCCAAACAACCGUGAAAGGUAA